AUGACGGGAAGAAUCUGCUCGGAGUGUUUCCUGGUGAUUGCCUUGACCUUGCUCAGCGGCCUUGGCUGCCUGAGUGAAGUAUUGUCUUCAAAUGAAGGCGUCGGCGUCGAAGAGGUGGAAGGGCCCAGACCUCCUCACCUUAUCUUUAUCAUGGUGGAUGACCAGGGUUACGGAGACAUUGGCUACCACGGCUCAGACAUCCGCACUCCUGUGUUGGACCAGCUGGCAGCAGAGGGGGUCAAACUUGAAAAUUAUUAUGUCCAGCCUAUCUGCUCACCCUCUCGCAGUCAACUCAUGACAGGGCGCUACCAAAUUCACACUGGACUCCAGCAUUCAAUCAUCCGACCACGUCAGCCCCUCUGCCUCCCCCCUCACAUUCCCACCCUACCAGAGCGUCUGGUUGAGGCGGGAUACGCCACCCACAUGGUGGGUAAAUGGCACCUGGGCUUCUGCAGGACAAGCUGCCUCCCCACAGGGCGUGGCUUUCAGAGUUUCCUGGGCACAUUGACUGGCAGUGGAGACCACUUCUCCUAUCAGAGCUGUGAUGGGGCUGAAGCCUGUGGGUUUGACCUGCAUGACGGAGAUAGGCCUGCCUGGGAGAUGACCGGCAACUACUCCACUUUGCUUUACAUAGACAGAGUGAAGCAGAUCCUGAGGAGCCACGAUCCCCAUAAACCCCUCUUCCUGUACGUGUCCCUUCAGGCCGCACACACACCCUUGCAGGUACCAGAUAACUUUCUGCACCACUAUGAUUCCCAGGGCAAUCGUCUCAGGCGCCACUACGCAGCCAUGCUGAGCUGCCUGGAUAACGGGGUUGGAGAAGUGGUUCAGGAACUGAAGACUAGUGGGCUCUAUCAAAACUCAGUACUGAUCUACUCAGCUGAUAACGGUGGGCAGCCGCUCUCUGGAGGGAGUAACUGGCCGCUGAGAGGUGGCAAGGGGACCUACUGGGAAGGGGGCAUCCGGGCUGUAGGCUUUGUCCACAGUCCCCUCCUGAAGAAGAAGAGCGUAGUCAGCAGAGCACUGAUCCAUGUGUCUGACUGGUAUCCCACAUUAUUGGGGCUGGCCGGGGCCCUGGAGUCCCACCGUGGCCUUGACGGUCACAAUGUGUGGGGCACUAUCAGUGAGGGCCUACCCUGUCCUCGUACUGAAAUCCUUUUCAACAUUGACCCAGUCUCCAGGAAGCCCGGAGAGCCAUAUCACAAGGCGUUGGUACUCAACGGGUUUGGGAUCUGGGACACAGCUGUGAGGGCUGCGAUAAGGGCUGGAGACUGGAAGCUACUGACAGGAAAUGUAGGGGACGGGGACUGGAUACCACCACAGGCUCUUCCCGUUGGUCCAGAACGGUGGCAGAAACUCGAGAAGCGGCGCAAUGAGCUGGGGAAGUCAGUUUGGCUGUUUAACGUCACCUCCGACCCCUACGAGAGGUCAGACCUGGCUGAAGCUCGUCCAGAGGUAGUAAAACAUCUGCUGACCAGGCUGGCGGAGUACAACCAGACAGCUGUGACGGCCAGGAAUCCACCUGAUGACCCUAUGGCUGACCCUGAGCUCCAUGGUGGGGUGUGGGGCCCCUGGCUCGGCUUGGAUGGACAAGAGGAGAAUAGUGUAGAGGUGGAUGGCAGGAAAGAAAAGAUGAUGAAGAUUAAGCACUGCAAACUAUGCAAAUUAAAAGCCCUUUUCAAGAAGGUGGGUUCACGUCUAGAGAGGAACACACUGUUCUACUAG